GGUUGGCGCCAUUCUCACCGUCCAGUUGUCUUAUUGUAGAGAGGUUAGUCUGUCUCCCUGUGAAAUCAGUAGGGAUUUAGGACGGAGUACACCGGGAAGAUCAUUCAACGUAUAUGUGGAAUAAUUUAAAAAAAUAUAUUUUCUAAUUGGAGUGACACUCCUGCGAGGAAUGCUGCGAGUGCAAUGGGACAAAGUCAUGUGUUGUUGGCGCCGCUGUUUAUCGCCGUGAAGAAGGCAGUAGCUUCAUGUUACCGCGACUUGCUUUCGAUUCCCUCCAUUCUGCAGCUCGGACCGUCCAAGUUAAACGGUUGAAGGGUGCCUGUCUGCCCUUCUCUGACAGUCCCUAACAUUUCCGUGUAGACAUGAGAGACUGCAGGAGAUGGUGAUGGAGCUCCAGGAGUUGGGGUGGCUGGCCCUGGUGGGGCUUUUCCUGGCCUCCUUACUCAUCGUGCUGGUCUGGCUCUUCCAAUUCUCACUGAGUCUCUUGCAACAGUGGAGACGCAGGAAUGCCGCCGAGCAGCAUCCGCAUCGAUCCCUCAGGCAGCAUCCUCACCACGACUUGGCUGCAGGUGUGUGGGGCUUCCUGCUCAAGCUGCGUCCGAUUUGGGAUGGAGAAGCCGUGGCUGAGCUCGGAGUUAAAGCCUUGUUGACCUCCCUCUUCUCCUUCAAGUCGUUCAGUGAGCACUGUCGCAAGAACUGGAUCAAAGCUCUGAACGAGCAAGCUUGCAGAAAUGGGAGCUCCAUCCAAAUCACUUUUGACAGCAGUGUCCAGUUUAUUCCUGCCCCUGCAAUUGAGAGUGUCACCUGCACUGACCGAUCGGCACAAAGAACUGUUUUACAUUGUAGAUGUCGGGUGGACACGGUGGCAUUUCCUGUGACUGUUACUCAGCAGUCCCCCGCUGCCGUUGCCAUGGACACCUAUCAGAUUACGAUCGCACCUACAGUGGUAAAGGUGGUCGUUUGUCUGGAGGAUGCGGAGGAUGAAGGACUCUUGGUGUCCUGGACUCUUUCCAAGGAACCGUCAUUGAAACUCACUGCGUCGCCAUGCAAACUGCUAAGACAUGGCGUUGAUGACAAAGUAGAUCUGGACGUGAUAAGGAGCUUGGUAGAGGAUACUCUAUUCAGCUCUCAUCCUGCCAUGAUCCUCAACCUCAGGACUUGUACAAGGAAUUUUCCAGGCCCCGUGGAGCACCUAUCAGUAGGAUCCAAGCUUGUACCUCCGAGUGUCUUUGUGCAGCGACUGCUUCUACGUCAGCUCAGGGUGACCUUAAUUAAAGGCCAGUGGUCGAGCUCAGUCGAGCUGUGCUGCGUCCUCAGCCUGAACCAACCCUCCUCAGAAAGGACAACCCGCUUUCUGCCUGUGCCCACCAACCCAAAGACCCCAAUGGAAUGGAGAGAAGAAAUUACACUGGAGCUGAGUCCAGAAACCAAAGAGCUGAGAGUGAGACUUCUGGAGCGGAAUGGCAGCAGCGAGCAAUUUCUUUCAGGCUAUGGCUCCUUGGCCUUGGACCUCCAGUCCAAAGUUCCUACCUCUGUCGUACUCACAAUAAACCCAAGCCACUCCUUGGAGCCUAUCGCCACCAUAACAGCGGAACUCCUCUAUGUGGAAACUGAGGACCUCAGGUCGCCCAUGCAUUCCUCAAUCACCCCCACCAAAAAGGUCGAUGUGGAUCGAACCAUCAUGCCGGAUGGAACCAUCGUCACCACUGUAACGACGGUCCAGUCCAGACUGAAAUUGGACCGCAGUCCAGGUGAUUCUCCUUUGCGUUCCCCUUCCAAAGUAGAGGUGACAGAAAAGAAGCCCACCAUUCUCUCUGAUGGAAGCGGGACCCCCCCAAGCCCUGAUCCGAGCAAGGCCAGCUGCUUGUCUAAUGGCUUGGAUCCUGUUGCAGAAACAGCCAUUCGUCAGCUGACCGAGUCCAACUCCAAAAUGGCUCGAAAGACCCCGACAAAGAGAAGCACAUUGAUCAUCUCAGGAGUGUCAAAGGUUCCUCUUUCAAAAGACAACUGCACACUGUCAGGUGGCUACGCCGCAGCAAUGGAUGCCGCCAUGCAAAGCAACCAUUUUGGAGCGGGACACCACCAAGAGCUCGAUGAAACCACACCUUCCGAUGUAUCUGAGCGUCCCUCUGUGGAUGAUGUGGACUCAGAUACUGGCUCCACUGGUGCUUUAGAAACACGCAGCCUCAAGGAUCAUAAAGUGGGAUUUCUGCAGAGCGGAUCGAAGCUGUUGUUCCGCAGAAGACAUCGCCAGAAGGAGCCCUGCCUCAGCCAGUCCCACGAAGAUAUCUCCAAAAUGGACAAUAGUUUUACUGCGGAAGCAGACAGUGGUCGAAAGAAGUCCGGUAGCUUCUCACGACGUCUCAUCAAGCGCUUCUCCUUCCGCUCAUCAGGGAAACGGAAAGGAAAAGGCACAAGCACCAACGGAGGUGCGGGCUCAGCUAAUAACUGAUUUUUUUUGCUGUCACCCCGACAGCUGUCUGAGCACAAGACUAUUCUCAUUUCAGUCUGAUGUCCCUUGGAUAGAGGACACCUCUGGGAGUGCUUUUGGGGGGAGUAGAAAUAUUGCUGCUUCAGGACACAAGUGAUUCUUUAACAAAUCGCUAAAGCAGAAAUAAGAUGAACUUUAUUGUAAGUCUUUGCAAGACGGUACAACAGUUUAUUUGUGAUUGACAGAUAUCGGGAAUUCUUGAAAUGAUUUGAGGAUGCCAGAAGGCAUUGCUGCACUUUGGAAUUUACAUUUUUUUACACUCUACAUAACACAGAAUGUGUAUGAAGAUACUGGUAAUUUAUGAUUAUGUGAAGUGCUAUUUAUUUUAUCCAUACUAUGGAUUGUUUUAGUUGCAUUAUACUAUAAAAUAGAGACAUUGCUGUGAUUUCAAAUUUUAAUGCAAAAGUAGAUUUAAAAUCAAGUUGAAUUCCUUGUUAAUUCCUUGUAUUUGCUUCUACAUUGUGUUAAGAAAUUGUUUGAUGUAGGAUUAAAAAUACAGAAAAUUGUUAUAUAUAUGAUUUUAAGCUUGUCUGCGUUUCCUCAAGAGAAAAGAAGCAGGCUUGUCGUCUAUCGGAGGGAGGGGGUAUUUCUCAGAAAUGAUAAAAUUGCAAUUACAGUACUGUGACUGAACAGCUCCAGUCAUAGGGUGAUAUGUUGUGUACAAUGUGCUUUAAGAGACUAGGAUCAAUUCUUAAUUGCUGUUUAGAUAGAAGUUUAACGACAUUGCCUGGCUGGAAUGUGAAACCGGGAGUGGUGGCUGCAACAUGUGGCACGUGUGAUUUCUGCUGGUAUUUUGAUAUACUUAAUUUAUUUCAAAAUAAAUUGUUUUAAACUUC